CACGGAACGAUGCGGUCCACCCAGAUCUUCAACCGGAAAGCGAAAACCGCUCCUUCGCAUUACCCACGACUGCCGUUCCAUGGCCUCCGCUCAGCUCAGCUACUGGCGAGCUUGGUCGUUGGUGCGGUCAUGUGCUAUUACAUUUACAAUUUGAGAAGAGAGGACUACGCCGUACCGUGGACAUUCAUCUGGCUCACAUCUGCCUCGUUCUUCUCGAUCCUCGCUUUGAUCUUUACCAUUGUGCUGCACUGCUGCAUCGGCCUAAACCCGCGCCUCAACCUCGCGCUCAAUGGCUUUCUCCUCAUUCUAUGGACGCUCAGCUGGAGUCUGUUGACAUGGUUCAUGAGCCCGACCCUGGCCAAUGCGUGUGACGUCGAGCAUUGGACUGAAGAUAUGGGAAUAAUGGUGUGCAGAAUAUACAAGGCGUUGUUCACGUUCACUCUGAUCGGGUUCCUUUCCACUCUCGCCGCGUUCAUCCUCGACAUCUACGUACACCGCAACCAAACCCGACGUGGCGUCUACCGUCUUCACGACAUGGAAAACAAACGUCAGUUGGUAGGGGCAGCGGCUCCGUUCUCGCGGGACAGCAGGCUCCCACGAGAGAGUUCGGAAUGGGAAGAGCCGAGACCUUCGAUGGGCCCGUAUGGUGAUAAUGUACCGGAUGCGGCGAGACCAUUAUAUACCAUGCCCGAGGGCCAGUUCCAAUACGAGACGGGAUACCAUGGUGGUGGUGGUGCUGCGGGUGCUGGGAAGUUCUGA